GCGGACCAGUCGGCACGUUGUGCCCCCGUUGCGUUGUUGUUGUUGCCGGAUAUGCGAAAUACCUCCGUUCAGUAAACCGUCGUCAGCGUCGGCGUGCGUAUGUGUGUGUUGUGUUUCCAGUGAGGUGUUUAUACGGUGUCGCACCCUCGACGAGACCACAGCACGCAGGAUGCGGUUGUACUACUACAACGCCAACUCGGGCGUGGUGAGCUUCGAAGGUGCUAAUAUCUCCGGGAAGAAGGUACCAUGUAGUGCACCAGCCAUGGCAAAUAAGUCACCUAAGCAAGCAUCAGCAGUGGACAUGUACUGGUUUGCGUACGCCGCGGAUCCGCCGGCGGAGCGUCAACGACGAGGGCUGUGGGCCCAGCAGGUAGACGAACUGGCAAGUCCCGAGCAAGAGAUUGAGGGAGCGAGGUCCCCUGGGUCGCACAAAGAAUCUCCUUGCUCACCCCUAGCAGACACUUACUGGUUUGCUCACGCUGGCGGCGGCACACCGAGCGAGGAUGCUGUUGAUCAUGGGGCUUCUCCAGACAAACCGCAGACUGAUGGUGAUGCAGGGGACUACAACCACCAGAAUCAGCAGGUCUCUCGUGAGGAACGAAUACGAAUGGUCAAAGAAAGGCAAGAGGAAGAGCGGACAAGGCGGCUGCAGGAAUUCCAGCUAAGUGCUCAAGCUGCUCAGCAGUAUCGUGAGCAGCAAGAGGAAGAACGACGCCGACGCAUCGAAGAGCUGCGGCAGAGGGACCAGGAACGCAGGCAGCAGGUCGAGGAACGCAAGCGGCUCAUCUGGGAAGCAGAACACGAACGAAAAGAAGCUGUCCUACGUCGCAGCAUGGAUCGAGACACCAAGGUGGAAGCUCGUCGCAACGCAAACCGCAUGAGCACCAGCUUUGCUUUCGGGAGUUCGACGCCCCGCACGUUCGACCUGGACCUGGCAACAAUGGGGGCCUCAGGUUCUUCGAUCCUCAUGUCGGCCACAAACUCGAGAAGGCCCGAGGAGCGAGACUUUGAAGCGUGUAAGAAGCGGGCAGCUUCCUCUUACAACCUUUGCCAAGCCGGAGAAGGGUCCUGCGAAGCAGACUCUGGCUCACAGAGGACGGCUCACUUUGCCGACAGUGCUUUCGUUUCCCCCACCACGGGGGGCUGGCUUGUAGGUUCGGGGGUUACCGUUGGUGACGACCCCAUGACACGCAGCAUGAUUGUCCAGGGCAACCACAGCAGCAGCAGCAACAUCCGUGGCCGGCGUAAGACCGACCUAAUGCCAGUCAUCCCUUGGAACCGGGGUGGCGCUACCCCAUCACGCUCACGGUCCCCAGGAACCUCUUCCUCCAUGCCUGGCACAGCCAAACGGGCUGUCAGCAUGACUCGCUUGGAUGCACUGGCACAGCCACGCCGUCGCUUCACACAGUCAGACGUCACUUCCGCCACUCCACCAAGUAUGGCUGCCAAGAGCAUGUUGAACUUGGCGUCACACCCCUCUUCCAAAAGGGGGGCAAGCAACAGCAUGUCGAAAAGCAUGCACCACCUUGUUGGGGGUGAGCCUCGCCUCAGGCAAGCGCGCAGCAUGUGCCACUUGGCAGUGCUGCCACGUCAGACGCGGUCCUCCAUGCUCAGAACGAGCAAGAUGUCCCUGUCCCCGGCAGUUGCGCAAGGCCAGAGGGAACACCAGUCACCUUCACGCCCGCGCUCUUCCAUGUCGAUGGCUUCAGAACAGUCUGUGCAGUCCAGCCAGGCAUCGACGGUGAGCCUGAGGCCCAGGCCUCCGCAGCGCAAGCCCAGGCCGCUCAGCAUUGCAGGUACCAUUCCGGAUCGAAGCCUCAGUUCUUCACGAACCACAUUCGGAGCUGAUAAGUCUGGUUCAAGCAGUCCCGAGAAAGCUAGUCGCGCUCGCAGUGUCACCUGUGUACCACCAGAAGUACCCCCUAAACCGGCUCACCUUCGCAAGCCUCAGAAGCCCCAGCCACCGGCAUCGUCUCCGUCUCGCAGGGAACAGAGAACUACGCCGAAGCCAUCUCGGAGUCAGCCAAAUCUUGCAUCCAAGGCCUCUGCACUUUCGUCUCCUGGAGGAGAGGAACAAGAUGCAGCAGCCGUACAGACUGUGGCUGGGCAAGCAAAAAAUAACCAGCCCAAGCAAUCAGUGUCCGAGACAACGCUGCCGGGACAAAGUGAAUGUCAACAGAAACCGCACGAUUCACCAGCAAAAUCUGCAAAUGUGCCACAACCUGAAGAGCCAACUGCUGUUAAAGAAGAGAGCGAGACUAAGGAAAGCAUUCAAGCCACGCCAAGCCAAGUGAAGGAAGAUUCACCUGUUAGGGAAGGUUCUCCCGUGAAAGAGCAUGCCGAGAGCAGGGACAGCACGCCGGCCAAGGAGCCUGCCACUGCAGCAGAGUGCGUCCCAGUAAAGGAAGGCACCCCCGUCAAGGAGCGUAGUACCGAACCUGCACCUGAAGAAGGAACUCCGUCUACAAAGGCACCGAGGGUGAUAUCUGAGGAGGAAGCCAGGGCCCUCUUAGCAGAGAAGAGACGUCUGGCUCGGGAACAAGCCGAAAGGGAGGCCGAGUUGGAGCGACAACGACAGGAAGAACUCAGGCGCCAAGAGGAAGAACGGCUCCGCAUGGAAGAAGAGGAGCAGCGCAGGUUUGAGGAAGAGCAGAUACGACUAGCCGAGGCAUUCCGCAAGCAGGAAGAAGAGAAACUGCAACGAGCCAUUGAGGAACAGGCAAAGAGAGAGGCUGAAGAACAGCAGCGCAGGGAGCUGGAGGCCCAGCAGAAAGCAGAAAGGGAGGAACAAGAACGCCGGGCAAAGGAAGAGGCUGAGAAGCAGCGCAAGGAGCUGGAGGAGAGGCUCAAGAGGGAGGAGGCUGAGAGAGCUGAAAGGAAAAAGCGAGUCGAAGAAAUUAUGAGUCGAACUCGCCGGAGAGGCGGAGCUAGGGAUUCACCCACUCAGGCUCAGAAAUCCUCAUCGCCAGAAUCUGACGCACUUGCCUCUCAAGAGUCCAACGGCUCUGCCACUAAUGGCGCCGCUGAUGAAGGCACUACGCUGCUAGGAAGCAACGAAAGUGAAGCCUCUUCUGGAGCUCCUUCAAAAAUGACUUCAGAGAAUGCGACAGACACGGGAUCUUUGUCGCAACCAGACGAAAAUGCAUCUCUAAAUUUUGUAGACGAUACGUCGGUGCCUAAAGGGACUGUUGAAGAAUCUGCGCCUGUUACGGCACAGGAACAGGUUGAAGAUGUGGUAGAUUCUGUUAAAGUUAUUGAACAAGUGGAGGUGCUGGCACCGACAACGGAGCGAGGUGUGCCGCAGGAGUCGGCUCGGGAGAACGACUUGGACAGGUUGAACGCUAGUGAACAAAUUGUGGCUGUGGUGGACAGGAGUGUAGGUGUCGUCGCCAGUGAGGCGCAGAAAGAUGUUGUGAAGCCCUCGCAGGGGGUGCGAGAGAACAGUAGUGAAGUUUACCCUUCCAUUGAAGAAGUUGUGCCCAUGGAGGAGUCUCCCCUGAGUAAGCCCACUUCGCCAGCUUUUGGGUCGGAUGAGGUGUGUCACACGAAUGGCUACGGCCAUCAUGGUGGUUUGCAAGAUUCUGUUGUUAAUGGAGUCAGCUCCGGCAAAGUUGCCGACCUGUUGGACUUGGACUCCCUAUCUUCCAUGGUUCCCCUGAAGUCAGAACCAACAACAAAUAGCAGCACGGCAGCCGAUCACACGGUUGACAACCUCAUCAAUGUCGACGACAUCAACUCAAACCGGGUCUCUGGAAAUCCACUCAUUGCCUUCGAGCAGGAUAACAAGAAUACAAAAGCUCAGGAAUCGCCUCAACUCACAGAUCUGCUGUCAUAGCUACCUUGGCAGGCCAACUAGGAGCUCUAAGGAUGCUUCUCACAGGAUCUUGGAGAAACAGAAACCUCUCUCCAGGGCAACUGUAGCUGUUGGUCGUGAUAGGCACUCUCUUAGCUUGCAGCUUGUGUAACAAAUGCCGUGCAGUUUUGGGCGCACUGUUCCUGUUCAAAGGAGCGAGUCAUGUGCAUAUAGGUGAGCCUUGUACAUACCAGCAGCCAGAGAGGGAAGAAAUUUUACGAUUUACGUCACUUUUACUUCUACAGUGUGCUAGGACAAAUGGGAUGGAAUUACAACCGUUUCUUGUUGUUGAUUUCUGUAUAGGCGUAGAUUAAUUAAGUUUUGGUGCCUCCUUGUUCUUUUUUUUUUUUUUCUCACUGUUCCCUUCAACUCUCCCAGCGGUACCUAACUCCUGUACACUGUAUAGUCAAAUAAAGUUGAAACUAACAUAUUA